AGAGCCUCCUGUAAUCCCCAGCCCAGUCUGAGGACUAUGCCAACACCUCCUGGUCUCUCUCAGCCAUGGAGGGUCCCAUGUUCGACACCAUCCUGGAGACAACAGAUGGGGUAACCCCAGACUCCAGCUGGGCCCUGCCAUAUCCUCUGGGCUUCCAGGUCUCUCUGACAGGCUUCCUAAUGCUGGAAAUUGUGCUGGGGGUGAGCAGCAACCUGACCGUCCUUGUGCUCUAUUGCCUACAGGCUGGCCUGGUGGACUCGGUUAGCAACAUGGUGACCAUGAACUUGCACGUCCUGGACGUGCUGAUCUGUGUCGUCUGCGCACCGCUCACCAUGGUGGUGGUGCUGGUGCCCCCAGCUCGUGCUGCCACCCUGCUUUGCUGCUUCCACGAGGCCUGCAUCACCUUUAGCAGUGUGGCCACCGCCACCAACGUGCUGGUGAUCAGCCUGGACCGCUACGACAUCUCUGUGCGUCCGGCACAGCGCGUAUUGACCCCAGCCCGUGCCAUUCUGCUCCUGGCCGGUGUCUGGGUAUUGUCCCUCGCCGUCUUCUUUGUACCUUUCCUGGAGGGGGAGUUUGGUCACGCAAGCGCAUGGCAAAACCGCACGGUGCUCUGUGUGGGACCGGAAGAAUUCCACGCGGAGCUGGGCACCUCCUACCACCUGGCCAUCCAGAUCCCUACAUUCUUUGCUGCAGUGGCCGUCAUGCUGGUAACCUAUGCCAAGAUUCUCCAAGCUCUCAAUAUCAGCAUCGGCAGUACUUUCAAACGCAGCCAGCGCCGCAAGACGAAGAAGAGAAAGCGCCGGAAAUCUGCAGAGCCGAGCAGCAGCAUGGUUGGAGGGGCGGAAGCCAAGCGGCAGUCUCAGCCGGUGCCUGCCCUCCCUACCCCACCGCCCAUGGGGGUGCAGGCCUCCGUCUCUGUAAUCAUUGCACUGCGGCGAGCCGUCAAGCGGCACCGUGACCGGAGGGAGCGCCAGCGGCGUGUCUUCCGCAUGUCCCUGCUUAUUAUCUCAACUUUCCUGUUGUGCUGGGCACCCCUCUCCGUUGCCAACCUGCUUAUCCUGUGCCUCGGGCCGAGCCCCUUGAUGGGCAAGCUGCGGAUUUGCUUCCUGGCCAUGGCUUACGGGACGACCAUCUUCCAUCCCCUCCUCUAUGCCUUCACCCGACAGAAGCUGCGGAACGUGCUCCGCAGCAAGCUGAAGAAGCGGGUGGUGUCGGCCCUUCAGGUGGAUCCGGCGCCCGGCGGGACAAUCAUCCACAACUCCUGGGUGGAGCCACCGCGCAAAAGCUGCAAGGGCCGCUCUCGGGGUAGCGAUGGGGCAGAGCAUUGCCUGACGGAGGCUGCAAAGGAGUGAGGGGUGGUAGGCUCCCGAACCCUUAGAAUGGCUACCAGGGGAGUUUGCAGGGGGUAGUCUACUAGUCCACUGCCUAACCAGAGCUGGUCAAGGGUGAGCACCAAACACUGAACCUCCUGACGGAGGGCAAGCAAGGCAUGCGGCCUUCUCUUCUCCAGGCCUCUUGGGACUACAGAACCGAUGCUGACCCCUGCGUUUGAAGCCACCAAGGAGAAAGGAGGGGGUGGGCAAUGUCACGGGAGAACCAGCCAUCAAUGCUUCACGGUUACCCCUAUGGGUUCUGUGUGGGGAGAGAUACUGAUCCCUUAUAAUAGUCUAGCCCCUCCACACAUAAACCCACCACCACCACAAAGCGCAAGUCCUUUCUGUACCCAGUCUUGAAACCAUGGGACUGGCUAAGGGAAAGAUGAUGCCCUGGUCUUCCUGUCUCUAGCCUUGACCCAAUUCACCACACUUAAGACCCACUUGAAUUAUUGCUACCUACCUACCUAUCUACGUAUAUCUAUAUACAGUAUUUAGUGCCAAGAAGUGAGGCAGACACCCACUCAGGUGAUGUUCCCCUACAUCAGAGCCCCAAACAGUUCUGCCCUGGGAGCCUAUUUAGCCUCAGACACCUCUCUCUUUUAUUGCUGGCUAAACACAGAAUGGCUCAAGCAAGCGAUGUGGGGGUGAGGGGGGGCACAGAGGCCUGGGAAACAUGACAGGGUUGUUGGGGAGAGACCCAGGCUUUGAAAAGGGCUAGACUUAGCCUGAACCUCAUGCUGGUCUUUGCCUCUGCUGCUGUGCUAUCCUGUUUUAUCUCCACCACCCUCGUAGAUAAGGCAAGGCCCAGGGUGUCGGGGGCCCAGUCCCCUCCAGAACCUCAAAAAGGCUUUCCUGAAAGGGCAGGCGUGGAUCUCCUGCCCCCCCCCACCUCUCACAGGGACUAGGUGUCUGGUAAUUGCCACUUUCUCGAAAGUCUUAUGUUAAACUCCGUUCCUGUACCGAACUUCUAUUCAGGAAACAGUUUCUUAACACCUCGAAAAAACAAAAACAAAAAGUCUUGCCACUGUAAAUACAACAUUGGAGUCACUGAUGCUCAGAUCAGCCAGGGUUUGGCGCUUUACUACAUUGCAUUUUGCUCCCCAAGAAACAAAGGGGGGGGAGGAAGGAUCCCACUAAGGAGAUUCCUGAAAAGAGGAAGGACAGUUGCACACAGCCACCCUGCCGCCAGUCUUUCUAGUCCGAGGAGAGGCAUCAUCCUUGCCUUGUUCUCCUCUUUAGGGGACAGGCUGUCAAAGGAGGGGGAGCCUUGUCUCUUUGUGUGGCAGACCACCACUUAGACUGGGCUCAGGUGGGUGUGACCCUUUCACAUGAUACCUCUGGAAGAGAACAAGCACAGUCUGUGGCCGAAG